UUCUUCGUUCUGGCAGAACAAGUAUGGUGCGAAUUUCGUGCAAGCUGUUGGAGCUUUUGGUAUUGUAAAAGUUCGAUUUCGUUGAGAACUUCGUCAAACUUAGUGGAUCAAGUUUAAAUUUCUUUCUCAAAGGAAAAUAUAGUAUUACUUGCGAUUGAAAUGGCCUCACUCAAAUUCAUCAUAAGAUGCAAGACCGAUGCAGGUACUUACACAAUUACAGAUUUGGAUGCAUCUUCAACAGUGAAAGCGCUCAAAGAUGAGCUGUACAAAGUAACCCAAAUCAGACCUGAUUCUCAAAGAAUCCUGUGUGGAUAUCCGCCCAAGCCUUUAAAUGUGCAUAACGAAAGCACAUCACUUUGGGAAGCGAACAUCCAUUCCGGAGACACUCUUAUACUAGAGGCUUUGAAAGAUGCAGUGGUACCUUGUAUGCCUGAAGAUGAAGAGAGAUCUCCCGACUCUGUGAUUACUAGUGUACCACUUGUUCCUACUACUUCUGAUAUGAAUCAGCUUGCAGCAUUUGAAUCUGGUAUAAUGAUGAGACAUGUUGUGCCAUCUAAUAACUCAUGUUUGUUUGCUAGUAUUUACUAUAUUUUGACAAAUGGUGAUGAGAAUGUAGAUAAAGCUAAUGAGUUUCGCCAUGUUAUUGCUAAAACUGUUCAAAAAAAUACGGAGAAAUAUAAUAGUGGUAUCUUAGGAAUGAAUCCUCAUGAUUAUUGUAGCUGGAUCAUGAAUCCUAAUCAUUGGGGUGGUGGUAUUGAAUUAGCUAUUCUUAGUGAGCACUUGAAAUUAGAAAUAUGUGCUAUUGAUACAUUAAGCUCAACAAUGCAUCGCUUUGGGGAGAAUGAGGGCUAUGAUCGUAGAAUUUUCCUUAUCUAUGAUGGCAUUCAUUAUGAUCCGUUAGUAAUGGAAUUAAGUGAUAAUAUACAGGGUGCAUUCCUAACUAAUGAUAAUUUAGCUAUAGAUUUGGCUAUGGAGGUAGCUCGUGAGGCCAAGUCUAGCCGCCAAUUUACUGAUGUUGCAAAUUUUACCCUUAAGUGUAUGACAUGUGGGCAAAAAAUGCGAGGAGAUUAUGAAGCUAGGGAACAUGCUAAGCAAACCAAGCAUGUUGACUUUGGAGAAGAGUGAUUUAUUCCUCUAUUAUUUGUAAUGAUUUUUUUUUAAAAACUUUUAAAUUCCAUUCUGUGUGAUUAAAACUGAUGAUGUAAAUUUUUUUGCUUGUAUAUUUCUUUUUUAUUUUCUAUGUGUGCAGAUUUUUUUUAUACCUUAUGAAAGUUUGAAUUAAAAACCUUCUGUUAUAUUUUAAUAUAUGCUGGGAACAAUUUGAGUGCAAUAUUCCUGGUGUCUAUACUCAUACAAAUAAUAGAAAUGUUUUUUGGUUAUACCAUUCAAGAAGUUUUUAAACUUUUAAAUUAUCAAGAAACAUACUUCAUGCAACAAAAUUUAAUCCCAAUUCAUGCAAAUUCAUAUUACAAGCAUACCUUUUAUAUUUAAGUAUGUUUGAUUUGUUUGGUCGAAAAUUUUAUCCUCUCAUAAAUUAGCAUCUCCAAGAAAUGUUGAAAAUUAUGAUUUGCCAGGGAUUGUUGUCUUAUCAAGCUUUCUACUCCUUUAAUAAGUUCCUUGUACAAUAUAGAGAUUUAUUUCCAGGUUUUAAAACCAAUGUUUAGUGAAGUCAGUUAUCCAUUUUGCUUUUUUCAUGUUGAAGCUGCGUUAUGUAUUAAGCUAUAUACAAUACUUUUUACUGUUUAGUUAUGCCUAGAUAAGAAAUAGGGAUUCUCGUUCAAUAUCCUUUUAGCAUAAUUAUUGCUAAAAACAAUUUUUAACUAGGUUUAAGUUGCUUAUAACUAUUCAGAAGUAUUUUUCAUAGUUUCAGAAUUGUUUGUUACCUUUCUUCAUUUUAAAUGAAAAAAAAAAUGUAAUUUUACAUCCAAUUUCAGUAAUUUUAAUUAGGCAUAUUUUCCUUGUAAAUUAUAUCAUUAUUAGUUGGACAGUUUGUUUGUCCUCCCCCUCCCCUUAAAUUAUGCUAUCUGAUGUUUAUUAUCACACCUGAAACUUUUCUACUUAAGGAUGAACAAUUCCAUUAAAAUCUUCAUUCUUAUGCCGCAUCUUAUUAAAAUUACGAGUCACAUUUUUAUGAUUGAUUUUCUUCUUUCCUAAGCAUAAAAGAAGACAAAUGCAAAUUCAGUAAACAUCGAAAUUUUGUUUCUAAUUUGGCAUAUAUUUCAAUGUCUUGUUCCUGAUUUUAGUGCAAUCCAUUAGAUUUAUCAUAUUGUUUUCCGCUUCAGCUCGAUGGAUUGUUUUAAAUAAGCUGAACUUGAAGAAUAUGGAUGGUUAUACAUUGUAAAAUGUUCCUUUUCAGUAUUGGUGGGGAGAAUCCUUCUUAUUAUUCGAAAACCUGAUUUUUUACUGCUGCUAAAAUAUAUUUUUUCAGUCAAGUUCAGCCAUGUAUAACAAAAAGUAUGCACCUCAUAUUAUUGCUUAAAAAGCAACAUACUAUGUUCAAUAAAAAGUAGACAUCUUGACUAAAAAUUAUUACCAAAGUUAGUUUCCUGCAAUUUGCAAUCAAAUUUCAAAUCUAGUUAUAAUAUAAGUAUAAAUACUUGAAAAGGUUUAAAUGCUUUGUUGUUAAGCAGUUAUUUAUUGCAUUUCAUUUCAUUCAUGUAUUUAUAUUCAUUUUUUCUUGCACAUACAUUUACUUUUCUUAUUAAGUAGUUCCUUCAUGGGUGUUACUACUAAUAAGUGAAAAGAAUUUAAAAGUUUUGCAUGUUCUUGUGAUAUCACUUUUUCUUUCAUAAAGCAAAAACUUAUCAGUGUAAAUAGAUAAAAAUCAAUAUGCUGAGAAGAAUGUCAGCUAAAACUUAAGACAAACUUUUUGAUAUAAAGGAACUAAAUGCAGCUUAUUCCUAAUACCCAAGUUCUUUAAUGAAAAUGGAUGCCGUCCAUGUGCAUAAACUUUCAAAAUCUUCAACAAUUGACCUUGCAUUUCUUGUAGCAUUUAAAACAUGUUUGCUGAUAAUUUGAUACCUGUUACUGGAUUUUGUUGAGCUUUCAAUGACUGAAAUAUUGUGGACAUUUUAAAUUUAAUUUUUUAAACAUUAAAGAGUUGCCUGAAGAAUUUUUGAAGUUAUACUUUAUAAAUUUAAAAAUCCAUAUGCUUUUAGGAUUCCUCUAAUUUGUUUCCAUGUCUAUCUUCAAGUAGAAAAUGAUUUCAAAAUCUUAUCAAAGUUCUUUAAAAAGGCAUAGGUUUAACCUGUUGUGGUAUUUUUUGUUGUAUAAAUGCCAAAGAUUGCAAUGUAAUUGAUGCAUUCAGUUUUCUAGCUCAUCCAAAUGGUGAACUUUCUUUUUGUAACAUGAGAGGACUUUAAUGUACAUAGUCAUGUUUGACAGCUAUAUACAUAUGUAACUAUUCGUGUGCAGAAGCAUUUUUAGCUAAUCUAUUUUAAUACAAAAGUUCUAUGAAAUUCAUUUAUUUUUGUAUCAAAUUGUAUAAGAAAGCAGUAAGAUGUUUAAUAGUACUAGAUUGUUUCUUGAGUAAUAGUUUAUAAGAAAAUACAAUAAUCCCUGAACAAUCCCAAGCUGUAAUUACUCAGCAACAUAAAAAUAGAAUUAUACCCCGGGUAGGUAAGGUAUUUUGAUUGUGCUACAGUAUGCAAUUUGAUUUGUAGUUUCACAGAAGCUACUUUGUUUAUAACAUCAUUUGGAUUUUAGCGCCAUAAGUUCUGCCAAACUACAAAGUGACUUAUUUUGUUUUCAAAUAGUUGCUUUAAUUGUUAGAAAAGUAUUUUUAAAUAAUUUGCUGCACAAGCCAAUUGAGAGAAAGAUAAAUUUAGACCUAUUUUAGAAAAUCUAUAUAGACUUACAUGAAACUAGACUUGAUUUAGUUCUGGAAGAACUUUGUGUUUACUCUAGGAAGAGAAUUCUAACAUUAGGGAGGUUAUCUUGGAAUCUAAACCUCUUGAAUGUGUAGGGAUUAUUAAAGGAUUACUGUAUUAAGAUAUGUAUCCUUUGUGUCUUUUUUACACUUUACAUAUUUUAAUUUGACAUGAAAAUUUCCAUAUCUUCAAACUUCAUAAAUGAAUUUUUAUUUUUUGUUUCUCUCCUUUUUUUUUAUAUUGUCAUAGAACGUAUUUGUGUGUAAGCUUCAUUUGUACUUAAUUUUUACUUAACUUGCCCAGCUGAUUUAAUAUUUGUACUUUUACAAAACUUAUGUACUUCUGCAGCCAUGAAUUUUUCAUGUAAUGUGCUCAGGAUCAAAUAAAAAAUGUACGUUCUU